AUGAAUCAUCGUACGAUUGUUCCGUCAUUAUGGUACAAUAGAGAAAACGAAAAUCCUUCGAUAGAGUUAUCGCAGCAUGGAUUUGUCGUUCCUACAGAGUGCAAGCAGUGGGAACGGACAGGUAAUGAAAAUCGUGUUGCUUGUGUUAACAGUUUUGGUUUCGGUGGCACAAAUGCUCAUUGUAUUGUUGAAGAAUAUAUUCCAGAAAGUAAGCAGACAUAUGAUAAUGAGUCAUGUUUACCUUUCAUUAUAACAAUAUCCUCAUAUUGCAAUGAAGGUCUUAUUAAAAAUGUGCGUCAUAUGAAUGAUGCAUUGAAAUCACAGGAGUACGACAUUCGAGCAGUUUCAUACACAUCAACGUGUAGGCGUGAUCAUAGAUCGUGCAGAAAAGCAGUCUUUGGAAACAGAAAAGAAAUCAUUGCUGCAUUUGAUGAAUUUCUGAGAUUAGAUGUAAAGCGCUUAAAACCUUCACCCGCAAGCAAUGUUGUGUUUGUUUUCUGUGGCGUUGGGACAGCAUGGCAAGGGAUGUGCAGAUCACUGAUGAAUUUAGAAAUAUUUAGGCAGACGAUUCAGCGCAUCGAUGAGUAUCUCAAGAAAUUAACAGGCUGGGUGAUUUCGUCUAAACUCAAUGAUAGGAGUGAUAUCUUGACUAAUCCGUUGGUCACACAUAUUGCUAUAUUUGCUUGUCAGAUUGGACUUGCUGCAUUAUGGAAACACCUAGGGAUAAAUCCUGAUGUCGUUGUUGGGCAAUCUGUCGGAGAGGUUGCUGCUGCAUACGUUGCUGGGUAUUUGGAUCUUCAGUCUGCAGUUGGAAUUAUAUAUAACAGAUCAAACUGUCUCGCCAAAGUUACGACUGGUACGAUGGCAGUAGUGCAUAACGUUGAGGUUUCUGUGGUAGAAAAUUACUGUCGAAAAAGCGGAUCAGUUUGUAUUGCAGUUUACAACAGUAAAACAUCAUGCACAGUGUCUGGAUUGCCUGAAGAUAUCGUCAAUUUAAAGCAGAACCUUCAAACUAUUGGUGAUAAUGAACCUGUGAUUGUAGACUUAGACGUAAAAUGUGCAUAUCACAGUACCUUUGUCGAUAAGGCAGCAAAUGAGCUUGAUAAUACUUUAGACACUAUUACGAGCGACAAGGAACGUGCACGAAUGUUCUCUACUGUGACAGGCAAACUAGAGACUUACAAUUCGUUAGGGACAUCUAACUAUUGGAGAAAAAAUGUCAGAAUGCCAGUUCAAUUUUCACAUGCCAUUGAAGAGGUGGUAUCUGAAAAUAAGCAAAACAUAUUCAUCGAACUCGGACCAAGUCCAGUAUUGCGAGCACAUAUAGACAAGAUAUUAAGCGAAGAAGUUAAUUAUACAUCGGUUCCGUCGAUGCGAAAGAAGGAUGAGAUAAACACAUUUACAGAAGCACUGUGUACACUGUUUGAGCUUGGGCUAAAUCCUAAAUGGUCAAAUCUAUUUCAAUACAGAAUCCUUAAUACUGAUAUACCUAUGUAUCAGUUCCGGAAAUAUACGGCACUGCACCAAAGUUCACAUAGAAUCAAGAAAAACCAAGGAAUGAAAAUCGCUGUCGACCACUUGUAUGUUAAGCACAUGCCAAUGCUACGAGGGGCAGCCUAUGCAGAUGUUGGCUUUGAAAUUGGACACAGUGUUUUGGACCUUUCAAAGCGCAAUAUUGCAUUGUCUUUAGAAUUUAUGAGACCUGUUAAAAUACAACGUGACGUUGAAACCGUAUUGUUCAUUUCAACUAUUGCUCAAGGGAAUAAGCUGCUCUUUCACGCAAAACAACACAAUGUUACAAUGUGUAAAGGCUGGAUAAAAUCAACAAACGAACAUAUGGAAUCUCACGAAAUGUUUGAUAUUGAAUGUAUCAGAGUUUCGAUGUCAGACUUUGAAUGUAAGCACAUGGCUGCAGAUAAGAUGUAUUCACAUUUAAAGACUCUGGGUUUCACGUAUGGCCCUCACUUAACACUGAUUAAAACCUGUCUUACAAAUGGUCUCGAAACUUUAGCAGAAAUAGAUAUUCCAGACGACAUAGUUAGUCAGUAUGACUCCACAACUCUUCAUCCGUGUGUUCUAGAUGGAAUGAUGCAGUCAACUAUUAUCACAACUUCAGAAGAGACUCUUGCCAAAAUAAGAAAUGAAAAGAUCAGUAUAAUGCCAGUUGCUGUAGGUAAACUACGUAUAUGUGAAAAGCCAAAAAAGGAAAUGUACAUAUUUACAAAGAGAAUCAACGAAACCUUUCUCGAGACUGUAUUACAGAUACAUUACAAUAUUCUGUUACUAAGUAAGAAUGGAGAAGUUUUAGCAGACCUCCAGAAUUAUACAAUAUAUGGAAAGAGAAAUGAAUCAAUCGCACCCAGUGAAUUAAACUACCGCUUGAACUGGCAUCCAAUUCAAAAGAAAUUCAAGCCUCAACCACAAAAGCAUACCCAUGUUCUGAUGCUCACAAGCGAGUUUUCAAAACAGGUUUCUCAAGAGUUUACAGAAUUUGAAAAUAUAUACAUUUGCCAAAAUGUUAACAACUCGCCAAACAAGACUUUUAUUUCUGAUGCAUUUAAAAACAACAAAAAGAUGCACGCUGUCGUUAUACUAAUCAAGAAUCUUGAUUUUGACACCGAUAUAGAUGCAUCGCUGGCUUCAGAAAUACACGAGAGUGUGAGGAACAACUGCGUGUUUCUCACUGCUCUUGUUAGAUACAUGACAGAUGAAAAUGUCUCUCUGCCGCUCUAUGUUAUUACGCAAAAUACACAACCAACGUUUAAAGAUGGAUCGGCAAUAAGUGCUGUUGGUGGGGAAUUGUGGGGAUUCAUUCGCUCUAUCCAUCUCGAGUUCAUAUACGGUGACAUUACAUUAAUUGAUAUUCAGCCUUCCCUUAAACAGACAAAACGUACCUUAGUCUCUUUUAUUCUCGAUACUUGUCACAAUACAAAGGAUACAAUACCAGAAAUCAUCAUACACAAUGAUAUCAUAUAUGGUGCACAAUUUACAAAGAUUCCAAAGAAAAAGAUAAUUCCAAGGUUCAGGUUCGAUAAUAGAGUUCUGAGACAUGGCGAUCCUCCUCACGAAUUGUUAGCAGAUCGAUCCAAAAGAAUACGGUCCUUGUUUUUGAAACAGUCUAUGAAAAACGAAGAAAUCUCUAAGGACGAGUAUAUGUCUGUACAUAUAAAAAGUGUAUGUUUACACCCGCUCUCGAUUUACCCGAGGACAACAAGUGGGGUAUUGCUUGAUCAAGAUACAUGGAAAGACGAUGAUGGUCAUAAAGUUAUUGGCAUUGAGUACACGUGUAUACCAACAUCAUCAUACAGCACUCAUGAAUACCAUACAGUGGAACAUAAUUUUACUGACAGUAAAUGUGAACUUCUUACUGUAUUUCCAUCUGAAAUUCAGACCAAAAUGUCAGUACCAAGAGAUUGUACUGUCUCGUUGACAGACAUCCCCUUCUAUCAACCUGGUAUUAUUGCGAUCACAAUAUUGUGUUGGAACCUUACCAGACAUGUUCCUAAGGGAUCAAGUGUUCUUGUAUACAGCCAUAAAAAUUGCUCACUAUCUAAACUUAUUUUGGAAAAAUUAGUGUGUAGUCUGAGGAAAGCCUCCCUUGUAAAUUUGUCAAACUAUCAAGAAAGUACUAAAAUCAGUAUUGACGUUUUGGUAACAAUUGAUGCAGUUGAUUCAAGUUUUCCGGUUCUCAUGAGAUGUAAGAAGAUAAUAUGUCUCGAAGAGUGUAUUUCGGAACCUUUGCGUCUAAAAGUUUCGAGAUCUGUAGAUCAGACAAUAGCGACAUUAUCCGCAAAAGAUUUGCUAGAAAGGACAUGUGUUAGUUAUUACCUGUCUCUAGUCGUCUCAUGGCUGCAAAGGAAUAAGGAGAGUCUCGGAAUUAUGGAACGCCAUUUUCCACAGGAUGAAUGCGACUUGCCAUUUCCGUCUUACGACAUAAUUAAAAAUGGCAAAGUCGUUUUGCCAAUUGGAAGCGCCCUUGAACAGUUGUUCAGUAAAAAUGCAAUAUAUAUUGUAACUGGGGGACUAACGGGUCUUGGAUGGGAAGUCGUUGGCUUACUAGCUGAAAUGGGAGCUGGAACCAUUGUAUCUAUUUCAAGGCAAGAUCGCUCGAGUAAUAAAAGAGAUGACAUUAAUCUAAUCGAAAAAGCAACAGGUUGUAAGAUUAUCAGUGUUAAAGGUGACGUUUCUGAUUUAACGUCGAUUUCUAGAGCCAUUAGAAACAUUGAAUUGUUUGUCGGAAAAAAACCAAUUCGUGGUAUAUUCCAUGGAGCUGGGGUUUUGAACAGCAAACUAUUGAUGGACAUGGAAAAGCCUGAUAUUGAUUUCGUACUCAGACCAAAAGUGAUAGGAACAAUGAAUAUGCACCAAGUUACAAAGGGUAUGGAUUUAGACUAUUUUGUUGUAUCUUCUUCGAUAAACAGUCUGAUCGGGUCACCUGGUCAGAGUAGCUAUGGUGCCGCUAACUCAUUCCUCGAUACAUUUAUGGAAUGGAGGCGAGGACAAGGACUUCCAGGACAGGCCAUCAAUUGGGGCCCAUUAUGUGUCGGAAUGGUGUCUUCCCCUGAAUUAGUUAAAAGCUUCCAAAAUCAUGGAUUCAAUCCUCUAUCAGUCCUUGAAAUCAGAAGCUGUUUUCAAGAUGCUUUGAUGCGGAACGCUACUGGCAUUAUAUAUGCAGAUGUAAAUUGGGAUAUGUUUUCUAAGGUUUAUAAUAGCCCAAACUUAAAGAGGACGAGAUUGCAAAUGUCUGUUUUGAUUGAACAAGCAAUAUCAGAUAAUACUCAAGUUGACCAUGAUGAAUCGAAAGACGUGUCUAUCGACAUAAAAUUGUUGCAAAAUUUAGAUUCAAGGAGGCAAAACAUAGCCAUUGCUCAAGUCAUUAAAAAGAUUUCAAGUAAAGUAACCGGAGAAGACCUAAGUCAAAUCAGUAUGACAACAACAUUUGUAGAAAUGUCAUUUGACUCGAUAUCAAUCAUAAGUUUUAUUAACAUUGUACAGAAUGUAACUGGAUAUCGAAUUCCAACAGCAUUUAUGCUAAACACUAACAAUAAUCUGAAUGAUGUUGUACAGUUGCUACGGAAUGAACUUUUCGAAGAAGGCAUCAUUUACUCCAGAACUUAA